GUCCAGGCAGUGAACAUCGGUCCACGCUGUCUGAUAACAACCUGCUGCUGCUGGUGCAGUUUGUUUGUUUUGUAUUCAGGCACCAGGAUCUACAUGCCCUGUCCUCAGGGCCAGCAGCAGGCCCACCCUAUCUGUCACGGACAGACAGGUGCUGUUGAAUGUCUGCAUCAGCACAUGUUUGACUGUGUGGAGUUCCUGACCAGCAUGCACACCAUUAGCAAACUGAGGGCAGUCCUGAAACUGCAGAAUCUGAGUGAGGACACACUUGGCAGCCAGGUAAAAACAGGCAUUGCCCAGCUGUUGGCUGUAGAGUUCACCUUGAACAACCAGCGAGCAAUGACUCGCUUCCUGCCAUGGCUGGCGUACCCCGGCAUCAACCCCCAGCCAGGGCCUGCGGGAGAUGUUUGAGUGCGUGGCUCACCUGCGCCUCCUGUCCUGGAUCAUCCUGGGCUCGCUCAACCACAUGGCCAUGUGUCCCUCCUCAGACGUACCCUGCCACCCCCUCCCUCUGGACACCAGUCUUCAGAUAGCUGACCUGGCCCUGGUGGUCCUGGAAAGCUACCCUGAACACACCAAGGCCAGCGUCUACCAGAUGUCAUCUCUGGCACAGGUAUUUAUCCUGUGCCAGCUGUGGACUAUCUACUGUGAGCAGGUGGCUGUUUUCAACACCAGCCAUGGAGACAUGUACAGGACCACCUGCCUGGCUGUCAUGGAGUUCUGGAUGAAAGUGGCACCUACCUUCAUACAGAUUGCCUCCUACUCCAAGUCUCAUGGUGAGAUGGUGAACCUGCACCUGCUGAGUCUCCUGGAGGGGCUACAGGAGGUCAACUCCUCCCUCCUGGUGCAGCUGUACCCCAUGCUGGUCACCAUACUCUACAUACAUGAAGGUUCACUGUCUGCAGGACUGCAGCAUAGGAUACAGGAGAUACAGAACUGCCCCCCUCCAGAUCCCAUCACUCCGGAGGCCAGAGAAUUAAACAAGGCACUACUGAAGUGUCUGCAGCGGCUGCAGUACAAGAUGGGACAGCUAGAGGUCCAGUCAUCUGCUGCCACACAGUUCUUCACUGUGUAAAGGGUGGUUAGUUGGGACUGAAUUGUCUGCCUCACACUUCUGUAAUGACAGCUUUGGCUAAGUGAUCUCAUGUUACUGAUCUCCUACAGCAUUGAUAAACCUACAUUAUUUGUCAAUUAGAUGGAAGCAAUGAACUGACUGUCAAGGCAACAAAAGACGUGUAGUGCUGUAUGGAUGUAGUAAUUAAAGUGUGGUGUACCAGUUAUUGUGUGCAUCGGUGGUACUUUUAAGACUUAAAUGCAGUUGUAGAAUGUAAUAUACCCCUGUACCUGAGAUAGAGACUCCUGAAUUUGUUUGGCCAUUGAUCAAUCUGACAUUUGGUGUAGACAUUUCACAUGCAGCAUUGAUAUUGAGGUUUGUAUAUCUUGUGACAUGAUUGUUGAUUGUGGAAGUACUGUCAGAAAUGUUGUCCAUGAUAAGAGAGAAGAAUAACAAAAUUAUAUGUCAUAAUACAUAAUAGUUAUGAUAUUGAUGAUUCUACUUGUUGAUCUAUGUUUGGUAGCAUAUAUACUUUAUGAUGGAGAUGUGCUGUGAUUAGUCAUGACCCAGGAAACAUUGGAGAGCACAUACAUGUUGAUGGGGCAUUAUCACAUCUUUUAUUGUUGUAUAUGUGUGGCAUAUAACAGAAGGAAGUAAACAUUGUACUUGACAUCCAUUGUUUUUGCCAUUUGUUCUUCUGUAGGGGGUAGAUCAGUACAGCCAUCUUUCAUGUUUUUUCUUGUUUUACACAGUGAUGCAAACUGAUAAAAUCUCUUCAUGUAACACCUAGAUGUCCCUAGAGCCAUG